AUGAAACUUGUCUGUAUAUCUAUUCUAUUAUGUGCGACUAUUUAUGUCGCUUGUGGUUUAAAAUUACUUGCAUCAUCAUCACGUCAAUUAAAUCGUCGAGAAACUAAAUUAGUCAAACGAUUAGUUAAACGACAAGCUCUUAGUGAUUCUAAAUGUGAUCGUAGUAAUUGUAAAACUCCGAAUUGUGGCAAAGAUUUUGUAGCAGCUGCUUUACCUGGAGAAUGUUGUGAAAAAUGUGUACCAUGGGAAUAUGCUUCAAGUUUAGGUAUUCAAUAUCCACAAGCACCAUUACAACCAGUUUAUGAUCCUCGAACACAACAAGGUUAUCCAUAUAAUCAAUAUCCAUAUAAUCAACCAUCACAAAAUCAACCACCUCAAUAUCAACCACCACAAAAUCAACCACCGCAAUAUCAACCACCACAAUAUCAACCACAACGUGUUGAUGUGUACAUAUUCGGACCUGAUGAUGGCGCUCGUGCAUCAACUGGACAAAAUGUUUAUUUUGAUUGUGAAGUUGUUUCACCUUAUAGUCAAUAUGCUCAACCACGUUGGUCACGAUCUGGCAAUCAGCCAUUACCAUAUAAAGUACAAAGUACAAUUCUUCCAGGCAAUCGUAAACUUGCACGACUUACAAUUCCUGAUGCUACUCAUAGUGAUGCAGGUCGAUAUGAAUGUAAUGCUGGUACUGGUAAUCCAAAUGAUCAAGCUUCAAUUGAUUUACAAGUAACUGAUGGUGGUUAUUAUCCUCGAUCACAACCUCAACCACAACCCCAACCUCAACCUCAACCCCAACCACAAUAUCCUCAAUAUGAUCCAUAUAAUCAAUAUCCAUAUAAUCAACCAGGUUACUAUCCACCUCAACCACAACCACAACCUCAGCCAGUACCACAACCGCAACCACAACCAUCUGCUAAUGACGGUAGUGAAAGCGAAGGUGAAUAUGGAGGUAGUGAUGGCGAUCAAGAAGAACCAGCGACUGAAACAACAACAACAACAACAACACAAAAACCAACAACGACACCAGCAGCACCUCAAGAAGAACCUGCUGAAGGUUAUGAAGAUGAAGGAGAAUAUCCAGAUGAUUAUUCUGAAAAUGAAAACUAA